GCAGGUAUGAGGAUCCUGGUAACGAAGUCAUAAACGAAGACCUUGAUGGAACGGUUCUCAGUGCAGAUCUUGGUGAUAGAACUUUGAAGACUGAAGCAUUACAACUUCCGCAAGAGAUAGUUGAUAUGGGAGCUGGAAGAGAAGUAUCUACUGAGUUAGAGGAUCAGAGUGAUAUACAGGAUAUGGAUAUCGACAUGUUAAGUGAAGAAGCAGAAGAAACUCCUCAAACUUCGUUACAUAUGGAACUGACUAGACUUCAGAUCACUCGACAUUAUUAUACUGAUGCUGUUCGUUUUAUUCAUCAAAUACACACUGCUAUCCCGACGCUCUGUCAGCUUCUUGUUUCUAUAACCAAAUCAGAGGUUUUGAAGGCUAUUGAUUUUUUUGUCAUGGCCUACACAUAUAAGAUGAAAUUUGCCAGAGAAGGGCUAAAGAAAAUGUUACACUUGAUUUGGACUAAAGAUAAUAAUGAUGAGGGAAAAGGAAUUCGGAAAUGA